AGAGGAGACAGACGAGAAGAGCUAUCAUUUUAUUUACAAUCAUUUUAUUUUCUGUUGUUUCAAAAUGGGCUUAAAAUUGAUGCUUCUACUUGCCUGCCUUCUCCAAUCUGAGCUGCCCAGGCUUAUGGCAAAACAACUAACAAGCGAUUUCUACAGAGUGAACACAAUGAUUUCUAGCCAACAUGGAAAGUCAAAUAGAGGUGACGCUAUUGUUGACACUGCCCUGAGUUCACCUGCUGGACAUCCCAGGAAAAACAGAGCAGUUUUGGGCCCUGGCGUAACCAUUGAGACAUUGCCAAACAAUAUGACACGUAUAGUGGAGGAUUCUGGGAAAUAUUACACGUGGAGAAGUUUGGGCCCAAAUGACCAACACACAAGGGACCUCUGGGUGGACAUGAAUGACCUCAGGCAUGGUCAAGUUAGAGUCCAUGGCAUCCUCUCAAAUGCACACAAACAAGCGGCGAGGGUGGUCCUGUCGUUUGACUUUCCCUUUUACGGUCAUUUCCUGAGGCAGAUCACCAUAGCAACAGGAGGUUUUAUUUUUGUGGGGGACAUUACACACCGCAUGCUGACCACAACCCAGUACAUCGCUCCUCUGAUGGCGAACUUUGAUCCCAGCUUCUCCAAAGACUCCACUGUACAAUAUCUAGACAAUGGGGAGGUGUUUGUGGUCCAAUGGGGAAAAGUGAGGCUCCAAGGCAGAGAGAAAGAUGGUGCAUUCACUUUCCAGGCGGCGCUCCACAAAUCUGGAACUAUCUCAUUCAGCUACAAAGACAUACCUCUGUCCUUAGAUAAGAUUGGUUCUGCAGACCAUCCCGUAAAGGCAGGGCUGUCCGAUGCUUUCAUGGUCACCUCAUCAACGGCUCCAGCUCCAGAUGGAAAACAGACUAUUUAUGAAUACCACAGAGUAGCGAUUGAGCCAUCUAAAAUUAAAAACAACUCCGCCAUUGAAUUUACUGCACUUCCAACAUGUUUGCAACAUAACAGCUGUGACCUUUGCCACUCUGCAAAUGAAUCCUUGGGUUGUAGCUGGUGCCAUGUUCUCCAGAGGUGCUCUGAUGGCAUGGACAGACACAGGCAGGAGUGGUUGGACUAUGCUUGUUUCGAAGAGAGUGAAGAUUUCACCUGUGAAGAUUAUUUCAGAGAUGAAACCUCCAUCGACCCCUCUGUGACCUCAGAGAGUGCAGGCAAAAGUGGGGUGACAACUCUGCAAAAUGGCUGCAAGAAAAAUGGACCUUCAGAUGGGACAAAAAAGAUAUUCAAAACUGGAAAUGAAAUAAAAACUGACUCUUCAUCCAAGAAGAAGGACCAUCCUAAUUUGGCUGUGAUCGCCGGUAUUAUUGUGGCUUUGGUGUUGAUUUUGUCCCUGGUUGUUGUAGCUGUUUUCAUCAAUUGCUAUCCAGCCACUGCCUCACCACUUUACCACAUUCAGCGGAGGAACAGUUACUGGCCAGCAUUGAAGUUUCAGAAUCAAAAACCAGGCUAUACGGAGAUGGAGGGAGAUGGAAAUGAGAAGUUUUGUAUUGUAGAAGCUGGACCUCAUUGAGACUAACCCCCCCCC